AUGUCAGACAACAACAACAAGACGUUAAAUCCAUGGGGAUCGCUUUUACCUGAUGACAUUGUAACCAAUAUUUUCCUUCGCCUACCAAUCAAAUCCAUAAUUAUCUGCACCUCUGUUUCAAAAAAAUGGAAAUCUCUAAUCCUAGAUCCCAAAUUCAAUUUCAUCUCCACCCAUCUCCACCACUCCUACAACGACAACAACCACAACCUCCACCUCUUCAGUUUGGACUCACAAAAAACUGAAGACAACAAAGAACUCUACGUGUUGUAUAACGAGGAUGAUACUGACUUCACUCAACAUGCCAGCUUUGAUAUCCCUUUGCAUGGUCCAGAACUUGAUCCCCUCAACAAAAUAUUACAUGUGGUCGGUACUUGUAAUGGCCUUCUCUGCCUUUCGGAUUAUUCACUAAAAACUGAUAGAAUCUUUCUGUGGAACCCUUGUGUUGGAAAGUAUCUCAGACUUCCUUCACCCAAUGUCACCUACGCUACACAUGGUGUGUUCAAAGGGUCCCUUGGUUUUGGAUUUGAUCCCGAAACUAAUGACUAUAAAGUGGUCAGGGUUGUGAGCUUUCCCAUUACACCUAACCUUCCAACGUUGCAACACAAGGUCGAGGUUUAUUCACUUUCCACUGGUCAAUGGAGAAUGCUUAGGGAUAGUUUGGUUCCCACUUGUGUUGUCUAUGGUAUUUUAACACAGUCAUCUGUCAAUGGGGCUAUGCAUUGGCUUGUUUCUAGAACGGCUAAUGAUAACCAAUUUGAUCAUUUUGGUUUGGUGUUUGAUUUGCACAACGAGGCUUUUCGGGAAAUACUGCUGCCAGAACUUCCAGCUUAUACGCAUCAAAGAAGUACGCUGUGCGCUUCUAUUUCCACAUAUCGGAAUUCCAUUGCCUUGUUUCAUGACGAUCAUAAUAGUCUCUGUCUCGAUAUAUGGGUGAUGAAGGACUACGAUGAUGUUUCCUCGUGGAUGAAAGCUCUAAGUUUACCUUUAAGAAAGAACAUAAUGAGGGCAGUAGGAUUUUGCAGGAAUGGUCACAUUGUGUUGGAAUUGGAUGGUGGACAACUCAUAUCAUGGGAUUUGGAGACCCAAGAGAUCAAGGAUUUUGGGAUUAUUGGAUAUAAUUUCGUUGAUGCAUAUGUUGAGAGUCUAGUUUUGCUUGACAAAACUGCCAACAAUGCAAUUACAUAUUACAGAAAUAGGUAA